AUGGAAACCGUUUCUCAAGAAAUCCCAAAGAAGGCAGUGCGUGCCUUAAGAGCUCGUUUACAUACGGUGAAAAAGCAUUUGGAGCCUAUUUUUUCCAAGCCUUUAAGUGACGUUUAUACCAAAUUGCCUAUCAGCGAACGCUACGAGUUGGAAGUCUUAUUGUCAUAUAGUUUAAACACCUUAUAUUAUAUUUAUUUGAGAACACAAGGAUCCGAUCCUGCUAAACACGAUGUCAUGAAAGAAUUGGUAAAAAAAAAAAAAAGACGGUUCGAGAAAAUGAAUAAAUGA